AUGGCCAAGGUUGUGGUAGAAGCUCACUGUCAAGUUAAUCAUAUGGUAAUGUGGUUUGUUGAUAAUCCUGGGUUUAAUAUCUCCACCAGUAAGGUGGUCACUGAUCUUUGCGAACAAUUUAUGAGUCACGUCAAUAAGCGCUACGCGGCUAUUGAUUCACCGUCCGGUGACCUGCCUGUUGGUGGGACCAAUGUGCCAUUGCUGACGCCCACAUGCCCUGGUAAUUGCAAUGUCAUCGGUGCUCACUCUAUUCAGUCUCUUCCUGCACUCACAGAUGCAUUAGCACCUUUGAGCACUCUUUCUCUCUCUCGCCCGACAGAGUUAGCUUUUCCUGUUGCACACAAGUGUGGCAGGCCUAGCAAUAGCGUCGCUGCCACUCGUGUGGUUUCUCCUCCUCCCACACGCAAGCGCAGUUGGCCUAGAAAUAACAAUAUUGAUCGUGCAAUUCCGUCUGAACAUGUGGCUAAACGCAGCCGCAUCAGACUCAGAGGUAGAAGUGACCGCACUGUCAUAGGCCAGGUGGACCCAAAAAUUGCUGCCUCCAAGUAA